AUGGCUGUUUUUCGUAAAUCAACACGCCUUUCGUGUUAUUUUUUAAACAAAACUCCACUAACACAUCACUUAAAGUUAACAAAGUCAUUCAGGACAGUUGUCCAGGAGCCAAAACCAACUCGUGGGCUUUUAAAGACGAGCAUAAUCGGUGCAUUGGUUGGUACAGCAAUAGGAACAGGUUAUGCAUUCUGGAAAAUUGAACGUGACAGAAAAAAUUUGUCACUCGAGGGCAGCGAAUUACCGGUUCAACUCCUCAAGUACAAGCCUCCGAUCACACCGUCUAGAAGAAUUCUGUCGCCGGUAGACGCGACCGGUUUGAAGCUCACCCUGUUCCAGUAUCAAUCAUGCCCGUUUUGCUGCAAAGUCCGGACAUUUUUAGACUACUACGGAAUCUCUUACGACGUCGUAGAAGUGGACCCCGUGCUGAGACGCGAAAUCAGCUGGUCGCCUUACAGAAAGGUUCCGAUAUUGGUUGCCAAGGUUGAUGGUGGCUACCGUCCGCUGAAUGACAGCUCCAUGAUCGUGUCAGUGCUGGCUUCGUAUUUAACUGACAUGUCCAAUAAUUUGAAUGAUCUUGCUCAGUAUUAUCCUGUGAUUGCGAUGAACGACGAGGGUGGAAAAUUCAAACAGGAAAUUAUUAACAAGUACUUCUUGAUGUACCAAGGAGAAAUUCCUAAAGAUCGGACUCUUGAUGAUAUCAUGGAAGAACGCAAAUGGAGAAAAUGGGCUGAUGAGGUAUUAGUUCACACGUUGUCACCAAAUGUUUAUAGAACACUUGAAUAUUUCCCAACGUGGGAAAGGAAGAUAAUGAUAAACGUAGGAGCAUGGGCGAUGUGGAUGAUAGGAAAGAGAUUGCAAAAAAGGCACCACCUGAAAACAAACGUCCGAGAGUCAUUUUACGAUGAGCUGAACCAUUGGCUGAAGGCAAUAGACGCGCGAGGAUCGACGUUUAUGGGUGGCAAUAAUCCAGACCUAUCUGACCUGGCGGUCUACGGCAUACUGCGGAGUAUUGAAGGGUGCCAGGCAUUCAAAGACGCUUUGGAGCACACAAAAUUGUCCAGCUGGUAUCAAGCGAUGACCGAGCGUGUUAACAACCACGCUGGCGCUUCGCUGUUAACUGGCUAA